UGCUAUAUCGAGCCUAUUUAUUUCUUUCAAGAUUAUAUAUUGUCAUAUACAUAAAUAAGAGACAUUUGAAUUUACAAAUGCAGCUGGGAAGAUAUGACUUGUAUUUAUUAAUACAGACCGAUUUGUUGUUUGUAAUGGACGUGUACUGAUCGAGUAAAAUAAAAUAAGAGUAAACUAAGUUUUUUUGUAUGCAAAAUCCCUCAAGAUGCCGUCAAAACAGACACUCCGACAGAUUUUUAUCGGAUUCAGUUUGACCAUGUGCAGUGUCUCGGACGGGUUAAUAUUCGGUCAGAUGUCCGGUAUGAUAGACGCUCUGCGUCAAGAAGACCGCGAUGUACCACUCACCGAAGAUGACAUUUCAUUCAUAGCUUCUAUAAUAAACAUUAUGUGCAUCUGCGGCUAUGCGGUUGUUGGAGUAAUAAGUGAAUAUUUUGGUCGUCGGAAAGCAAUCACACUUAUUAGUUUACCAGUCUGUCUGACUUGGAUUCUUGUAUAUUUAGCUCACGACAAGGUCACUUUAAUCUUCACCAGAAUAAUUCUUGGAAUAAGCUUUGGUGGUAUCUUAUGGGUAGUCUACAUUAGUGUGGGAGAAUAUAAGUCUCCUGACGUCAGAGUUCUUUAUCUUAACUUGAUAUCCAGCGUUGGUACACUUGUUGGUGUAACUACUGGACAUUUGUUAUGUAUAAUUCUUCAUUGGAGGCAAGUAGCUUUGAUUGCCAUCAUACCGACGGCUUUGUCUGCUUUUUUGCCGCUAUUUUGGGUGGAAAGCCCCGUGUGGUUGGCCACUAAGGGACGUUUUGAAGAAUGUAAAGAGGCAUUUUGGAAAUUACACGUUUUCUCGGAUUCAUCUGAAAAUGAGCUGAGACUUCUUAUCAGCUAUGAAAGACAAAAACAGAGCGAACGUCGUAGUAAUCCUAGCAGACAUUUUUUUGGAAAAAAGUUCUUAUUAACAAUGAAUACGAAGUACUUUUGGAAGAUAUCUGCAAUAGCUUCAAUAGUUUGUAUAUGUAGAGUUGCAAGUGGCCGUGUUCUGUUUAGUACCUUAGCGAUCACAAUGUUACAUGACAUUACAGGCACUUCAGAUAUAUUUCUUUUCACAUUAGUAUUAGACGGUUUCGUUAUAAUAGGUUCAUUGUUGUCAUGGUACUUUUUGAAUAAAUUUAAAAUAAGACAACUAUUCUUUACUUCUGGUAUGGUAGCCAAUGUGUGCUUGGUUACGUUUUCGUUAUGCCUUUAUUUUUAUCCCGGUAGCGACUAUUAUUUGUCGUGGAUUAAGAUUUCAUUAUUGGCUUUGUACUUUGUAAUACAAGCAGCAGGAACGUAUCCGGUAUUAGAAGGAUUAUUAGCAGAGAUAUUUCCAGUCGAUUUGAAAACUUACUUUGUUGUAAUCAUCGGAUUACUUGCUGGCACCUCUCAAUUCUUAAGCGUUAAGCUGACACCAUACAUUAUAUCACGAAUAGGCUACCACGGCCUUUUCUUGUUGAAUGGUGGAAUAAUAUUUUUCUGUAUGGCAUAUUUAUGGUUUUCGUUGCCGGAAACGAAGGGGCGGAGUCUACAUGAAAUCGAAUAUUACUUCAAAAAUAAUACGUUUAAUUAUAACGAAGAAUUUGAAAGUACAGAAAAAUCUAGCAAAUUGUUGGUUGAUAAUAGUUGUGUCGAAAAAUAAUAUUAUCAGUGAGUGUUAAUUAAAUGGAUGUAUAAUAAUGAAAAAUAACUAACCUGACAUUAAAAGGUAGCAACUUAAUUUCCAUUAGUCGUGUAAAAAAAAUAAUUAAGGUUUUGUAUUUCAAGCUAGUUAAUUUUAACCCCCAAUUGUUUUUUCUGAAGGCCUUCUUAAUAAGAUUUCGUUGAAGUAUUUUUAAUUCUUACAAUAAUUUAACCAAAACCAUAUUUAUGGUUAAUUUGUAUAUACAAAUAUAAUGAAAAUUAUUUCUCUUUUGUUCUUCAUUGUAACUGUAAGCAUUAUGAUAUUCACAAAAAUAUAACAAA